ACUUUUGUGACGAUAAUAGCCCGACGUUUUGCUUCUUUACUCUUUUUUAUCAUUCAGUUUUUUGUACUAGUAUCUCUCUUUAUCAAUUUUCUAUUCUGUGUACAGAGUAAACGCGAUGAGUUCUGCUGAUGGUGGUUCUCUUGGAACAGAACCUACCACCGUAGAUGAGACUGCUACGGCCGCUGAUGAGCAAGCGACAAUCUCAGAAGAAAGCAAACCGCAGGUCAAUCAACAGCCUACCAUUAUCAUACCAUCUGAAAAAGAAGCAGCAGUCAAGGAAAAAGUAGCUGAACCACAAUACUCGCCUGCUUCGGAUGCGUUUCGAACUAGAGCUCCGUCAGAGGCAGCAUCUUCAGUGAGUGACCAAGAUGAUAGUUCGGAGAAGCGAAGGCGACGUUCUACACGGGAUAUCAAGAGACCAAAGUUUGAUGAUGAGCUGGUAGACAGUGGUGUGGCGAAACUACUAUCACCCAGGAAACGAACUAGUGCAGAACGAUCAAUGCACUCUCCCUCGAUCAAUUCGUCGGAGGCAGGCAACGUGAAAUCUCACCUUUCGACAGACUCAGGAUCAAAUGCGAACGGCGAAAAUAAGAACACAUUUGCACAGCCGCAACCAGUUGGCAAAGGAGAGGAGAAUGUGAAGACAGAAUCAUCAAACUCAACGCUUUCAUCGGCCUCACAGAAGCAUGCACACUCCCUGAGAAGGAGGCCUACACAUAGCCUAGAAGAUCGACAAGCUGCUGAAGAGGAAGAAGAAGCUGCAAGACUUGAGAAAAAACGAAGAGAUGCGCGAAUUGCGAACAAAGACAUCAGAUGCAAAGAGCUCGUAGCUGCCACUGAAGCCGCUGAUGGGAUGACAUCGGCUGAACUGAGACGAUGGACAGCAGCGGAUGAUGUUGCGCUGGUCACAGCUGUGACACAUGUACACGAUCUCAAGGCUGCGUAUGGUAGCAUCAAAUUUAGUCGACCGUAUUCCAUGGAAGAUAUCGAGGAAAGGUGGUAUCAGCUGAUGUACGAUGACACACUUUCGAGGCAAGCGAAAAAGCGAAUGAAUGAGUUACCGGUGGAAGAGAUUCUGAGAAUACAGUCUCGGACUGCUUUCACUGUGCGAGAGGAAGAGCUUCUGAGAGGUCUGGACAUAGGAAGUAACUCAUGUCCCGAUAGAGCUAUGAUGGAGGAAUUGAUAAAGAAGUACCCAGAAGAUUUCCAUUCUGCGAGAACACCACAGUCUCUACUUGACCACUGGCACAUAUUAAAUUCGUAUGGCAUAUUGACGCCGGGACCGCAGUCGGCGACGAUCGACUGGGAACUACUGGAGCGUACGUACGACCUCACCGGAAGAGUGAACUUCGACGAGACGCGCGCGCUGAACGCAGCGGCCGCGUGCGACGCCCGCGAGCAGGAGUACGCGCGAGUUGUCGUGCAACCCGUCACGGGCAUCUGCAGCCCAGCAACUGACGUCCGCGCCACGCUGCGUGGUCGAGUCGUUCGAUACCUCGUAAGGACAGACCGAGUUGUGCUCGGUCGCAGUACUCCCCGUGACCCCGUGGAUCUCGACCUCGCACUCGAGGGCCCCGCAGAAAAAGUCUCCCGAAAGCAAGCUGUGAUAGCUCGAGAUCCAUCCACAGGACAGUUCGAGAUGACGAACGUUGGAGCGCGAACCAUCUUCGUCGACGGGAAAGCGCUCGGAACGAACAAUCGUACUCGGCUCGUUGACAACUCGAUCGUCCAGAUCGCCAUCAUUCGCCUCGUGUUCCGAAUUGGCCAAUGAGAAAAGGCGGAUGCAGCUAUUCCGCAGUGGUGGCCUCCGGCC